CAGCAUGAGUCCCUGGAGAAACACAACCAUGCCCUGCGGAAGGAGAUCCAGGCCCUGCAGUCCGAGCUGGUGUGGUGGAGCCGGACCCUGCAUGUGCAUGAGCGCCUGUGCCCCAUGGACCAUGCCUCCUGCUUGGCUCCCAUGCCCCCUGGCAGCUGGGGCCAGGCUGAGCAGCCUCUGGGCCCUGUACCUAAAGGACAACAUGGCUGCCAGGGGCAGUCAGGCCUGUUCCAGGCCCCAGUCUCCUCUCCCCCAGCUCAACAACGCUCUCCAGGUCCUCCACCUCAUGAUUCUCCCAGCCUCCUUCCAUUCCCUCCGCUUUCGCUGUCCCUUGGCCCCGCUGUGGUGACUACACUGCCUGCGCAGCUGUCCCCCAGCUCGGUCCUGUCUGCGUCACCCACAGACUGCAGCCUGCUGCGGUCUUCCUCUAAGCUCAGUGCCCUCCUGCCCAGCCCCCCAGCCCAACCUGCCCCUCCACAGCCCCUUGGGCUGGAGCACCCCACCGGGGGGAAGCUGGAGUCCUCUGUCCACAACCCUUCAACUGCUUUGGGGCAUGCAUGUCUGCAGAGCAGGGAGCACAAACCUGCUUUCUCAGCAGCAGAUUGGCAAGGACUGGAUGUAGAUUUCAGCCCCCACCCUCUCCUGGCCUUCCCUCUGCUCUCCUCUGCUCAAGUUCAUCUCUAA